UGUCAGAGCAGCGGGCUGGGCGAGUCUUCACUGCAGACAUCGUCGAAAUGCAGCCGAGAUGCGCAUCAAUAUAACAAGGAACCCAGACACUGACACUUCUGCUACCGCUUUAUCAGUAACCAGCCUGUGACUACGGAGAUCAACACUUCAGGAAAGCCAGCAUACACAAACAAGCUCUUGUGAGAGAGGGGUUUUGGUGUCUGGUCCAAGUUCUCCUGCUCUUCACCCUCUGCCCCUUUAUUCCAAACUCCGUCCUCAGCCCUGACGUGCAGACACCAUGUCGGGGAAGGAGCGCAGCCCCCGCCAUCGGCCAUGGUCGGUCUACCGGGCCAACACGUUUGAUCUCUCAGCCGAGAUGAUGGGGCUGACUCUUGCAGGCAACAGUCAGGAUCCAGACGAGCCUGUGCUGGAGUUUAGUCUGGCCUGCAGCGAGCUGGUGACUCCAGCUCUGGACCGGAAGCCCACCAGCUUUGUGGCAGUCAGCUGCACCACUCCACCUCAGGCCUUCUGGACCAAGCAUGCUCAAACAGAGAUAAUUGAGGGCACAAGUAACCCCAUCUUCCUCAGCAGUAUUGCAUUUUUCCAAGAUUCCAUGAUUACUCAGCAGACUCAGGUCAAGCUCUCGGUGUACGAUGUGAAGGACCGUUCCCAGGGAACGAUGUACAUGUUAGGUUCUGCCAUGUUUUCUGUGAAGGAGCUGCUACAGGAUAAACACCACCGACUGCACUUGACUCUCAGGUCAGCGGACAGUGAACGCGUGGGCAACAUCACCAUCAUUGCCUGGCAGAUAGAGGAGAAGCGGGACCAGAGGGCUCCAGUUGCUAGGUUACAGAGAGGAGACACCGUCAAUGGAAGGAUGGUGCUUCUAGUUGAUGAAAGCCUGACUGAAUCCAUGGGCAUCAAAUCCAAAUCUGCCUCUCUGUGUAAAGACGCACUGCUGAAGGCUGUGUUUGGAGGGGUCAUGUCGCGGAUGUACCGUUUCCCCACCACGGAUGGCAACCACCUGCGUAUCCUGGAGCAGAUGGCGGAGAGCGUCCUCUCCCUGCAAAUUCCUCGACAGUUUGUCAAACUGCUGCUGGAGGAGGACGCUGUCAGAGUGUGUGAGCUGGAGGAGCUGGGGGAGCUUUCACCUUACUGGGAGAACUUGAGGAGGGAGAUUAUCGCUCAGUACCAGACCAUCAUCCUCACCUACCAAGAGACCAUCAGCGACCUGCAUGAAUACAAAGGUCCGUCAUUUAAGUCCAGCACUUUGAAAGCAGAGAAGAAGUUGGAGUUUAUUCCUACUAACCUGCACAUCCAGAGAAUGAGAGUACAGGGAGAGUCUGGCUAUGACCGGACGUAUGAUGUAGUGACCAUCGGUGCUCCUGCAGCACAUCAUCAAGGCUUUAAGGGCUGCGGCCUCCGAAAACUGCUCCACAAGCUAGACGAAGCCAGGAAACAUGCUUAUGGGGACGAGAGCAGUGUGGGCUCUGGCUCAAAAGCGGUGGCGUUCCUGCCUCAGGAUGUGGUGAAGGCAAAGGAGCUGAUUGGUCAGAUUAACACUCUGAAGACUCAAGUGUGUUACUACACUGAACGCCUGUCCCGCGCCGCCAAGGAGCGCUCAGCCAAUGCUCUGGAGAGAACGCUGGCCAUCCUGACAGAGAAGACCCGUCAGCUGGUGACAGUGUGCGACUCCAAGCUCCUGUCGUCAGCCAUCUUGGCUCUGGCUGCCGCCCGUCCAGAGUUCACUCAGCAAGGCACCCCGUCCCCCUCCUCAUCCUCCCUCUCACCCUCCUCUCGCUCCCCAUCCCGCUCCCCCUCCCGCCACCCAACCUCCCCAUCUCGCCCCGCCACCUCACCCUCUCGCCACGCGGCUCCUCCAGAGGGUAGUGAAGGGAGCAAAAGCAAGCGCACCUCCUUGCAAGCUGACUGGCAUGAGGAGGAAUGGGAGAAGGUUUGGCUCAAUGUUGACAAGAGUCUGGAGUGUGUGAUCCAGAGGGUGGACAGGCUGCUGCAGAGAGACAAACUCCAGAGCGACAGCAGCUCUGAAGAUGUUUUCCUGCUCGCCAACGAGGAGCCGACCACCGCUAGUAAGAAAGAUACCAGCCCAGAGGUCGAAAAGACUUCCCCGGGUGAGUGGAGCGAGGCUCUGUACCCUCUCCUCACCACGCUGACAGACUGUGUGUCUCUGAUGAGCGACAAGGCCAAGAAGGCCAUGGUGUUUCUCCUGAUGCAGGACAGCGCCCCCACCAUCGCCAUGACGAUCACCCUGCAGUAUCGCCGGGACGUCGUUUUCUGCCAGACGCUGACGGCUCUGAUCUGCGGCUUCGUCAUCAAGCUGAGGAACUGUCUCUGUGACAGCGGCUUCCUCAGGCAGCUGCACACUAUUGGCCUCCUGGUGCAGUAUGAAGGCCUACUCAGCACCUAUGGCGAGGAGCUGGCUAUGCUAGAGGACAUGUGUGUUGGAGUGAUGGAUCUGAGGAAUGUCACCUUUAAAGUUACCCAAGCUACUUCGGCUUUUGGUCCAGACAUGCUGCCAGUCAUCACUGGAAACAGGAGCGGCUUUAAUGUCAGGGUCCCGAUGCCAGGGGUGAUGUUUGACACGCUGCCACGGGAGAUCCAGAACGGGAUGCUGCUGCGAGUGCAGCCAGUCCUGUUUAAUGUGGGGAUCAACGAACAGCAAACGCUGGCUGAGAAGUUUGGAGACACGUCGCUCCAAGAGGUGAUCAACAUGGAGAGCAUGACUCGCCUCAGCUCAUACUACGACCAGUUUAAAGAAGUCCUGCCAGAAGACUGCCUCCCUCGCACCCGUAGCACCACCAGUCUGCCUGAGCUGCUCAAGCUGCUGAGCCAGAAUGUCAGUGCCAAGAAAAGCAAGAAUGUGGAGAUUCUUUGGCAGGCAGCCGAGGUGUGUCGUCGUCUGAACGGAGUGCGUUUCACCAGCUGUAAGAGUGCAAAGGACCGCACGGCCAUGUCUCUGACCCUGGAGCAGUGUCAGAUCCUCCAGCAGGAGCAUGCGCUGGCCCCACAGGUCUUCUGCCAGGCCCUGGACUGUAUGCGCAGUGAGGGCUGCAGGAGAGAGAACACCAUGAAGAACGUGGGCUGCCGUAAAUAUGCCUUUAACUCCCUCCAGCUGAAGGCCUUCCCAAAACAAUACCGCCCCCCAGAGGGGACAUAUGGAAAAGUGGAGACCUAG